AUGUUCCGCUUUCAUAAGUCCCUCGAUGUAAUAACACUCUUCCACAAGCCUUCAGUACCCGCCUCCCUCCGAGUCCUCACCCUUCUCAAACAGAUCUCCGCCCAUGCCUCUGAGACUGCAACCGAAGACCAGGCUACAGACCACACGCAUCAGAACAAGCUUCAGCGUACGGAAUUUGAAUUGAACAUCACAGAGGACCCACCAACGGGAGAUCAGAUGAGGACGAUUCUAGAAUAUCUUGGGGGUUGGAAUGCAGGUCGGCUAGUCGAGGGGGCAAAGGAUUCGGGAGAUGUCAUCAGAAAGCUGGGAGAAAACCCCAAGACAUUCAAGCCGCCCGUGACUGUGGACUGGAAUAACGGUAACGUUGUCGUUGGAGAUGAUGAGUCCGAGAUCCUGAGAAUGAUUUCUCAGUUACCGAAAGAGACUGGUUCUGUGUAG